UCUGCUCCGCUGCUCAUUUCUUUCCUUCUUUACCCCCCCCCCCCCCGCCCCUUUAAAGGGGCUGUGUGUUACAGGUCCUCUGUAUUAGGAGGCACCUUAAUGUUGGCGACGAUCCUUUCCUCUAACACUUGUAUCUUCUAAACGAAUUUUAACUGUUGGCUGCAAGUGGGGGCGAUUUCCCCUCCUUUGUGUGCCUCUCACUGCUAAAGCUUUAGCUACCGUUAAACCUACUUAAAAUUUAAAAUAAUACACUCACGGUUUUAAAGGGAUUUGGGGAAAGGGUUGAUUUAGGCCAGGAGAUAUUUUUGCAGGUAGGAAGAUACCUGCUGUUCCUCCUCGAAUCACCCUAGUUUGUGCAAGUGAGAUAAAGCAGAAAUCUGGAGUUGCGGCUCUUGAGAAGCAAAUAUGCUGUCUAACAAUAUUGCAGAAGUUUUUGUGAAACGUGGAAUUUCUCUUCCUCUUUUGUAAAGGCUUAUAGAAUAAUAAUAGAUCUUCUUGAGCAAAGUGCUCCUGUCACACAUAAUAAGUUGGGGGGCGGGGGAGCUUACAAAUCAUACCUUGCAUUCAUAAUAGUCAUGAAUUCCUUAGUGAGAAAUACUUGCCUCAUAGCUAAGGUUACUAAUGAUUUUCUUAUUUUUUUUUUAGAGAGAGAAAUAUGCUACAUAAAGAACAGGUUUACUGUUAUGGUAGAUGUACAGCAGCCUAGAAGGAAAACUGACGUAGAAGUUAUUCCUGGCGGUUCUAAGUGCCUCUGCCUACCUGCUGGAAAUACUUUGAAGUAUCAACAAUGAACUCGAUGCUAACAUUAUUUUUUUCUGGAGUAGUUGCCUGUUGCGCUCACUCUGCUGGUGAUUCAGUCUCCAGGUUACUCCUUGUGUCCUUUGAUGGCUUCAGGGCUGAUUACUUGGAAACCUAUAAACUUCCUCAUCUCCAGGAGUUCAUUGAGGAUGGCGUGCUUGUAAAACAAGUUACAAACUCUUUUAUCACCAAGACUUUCCCAAACCAUUAUACCAUAGUGACAGGCUUAUAUGAAGAAAGCCAUGGCAUCGUGGCUAAUGACAUGUACGAUGCAGAUGCCAAGAAAAAGUUUUCACAGUUCAACGAUUCAGAUCCCUUCUGGUGGAAUGAGGCAGUUCCAAUUUGGGUAACAAAUCAACAGCAGGGAAAUGGAGUGAGUGCUGCUGCCAUGUGGCCCGGUACCGAUGUAAAAAUUAAUGAUACGACCCCUCGAUUCUUUAUGAAGUACAACUUUUCAGUAACGUUUGAGGAGAGAGUGGAGAAAAUCGUUGCAUGGCUGAACAGCUCUAAUCCAGUAGUCAAUUUUGCUACGUUAUACUGGGAAGAACCAGAUGCAAGUGGGCACAAGUAUGGACCAGAUGACACUGAGAACAUGCGCAGAGUAUUAGAAGAAGUGGAUAAUCAUAUUGGUUUCCUUACUAAUAAAUUGAAGUCAUUAGGUUUGUGGGACACUAUUAAUAUCAUAAUAACGAGCGAUCAUGGAAUGGCCUCCUGCUCUGCAAAGAAGCUGAUUAUCCUGGAUAACUGCAUUGGUCGCAACAACUAUACUCUGAUAGACAAGAGUCCCGUUGCUGCAGUGCUGCCAAGGCAGAACAAAAGAGACGUGUAUAACUUACUGAAAAAAUGCAACAAUCACAUGAAAGUAUAUCUCAAAGAAAAAAUUCCAGACAGAUUUCAUUAUCGUCAUAAUAAGAGAAUUCAACCCAUAAUUCUGGUUGCAGAUGAAGGCUGGACUAUUGUACAAAAUGAGUCACUUUCAAAAUUAGGCGACCACGGCUAUGACAACGCUCUCCCAAGCAUGCAUCCGUUCCUGGCUGCUCGCGGGCCUGCUUUUCAUCGGGGUUACAAGCAGAGCACCAUGAACAACGUUGAUAUUUACCCAAUGAUGUGCCACAUCCUGGGACUGACACCACAGCCGCACAAUGGCACUUUCAGGAACACCAAGUGCUUGCUCGCUGACCAGUGGUGCAUAAAUCUUCCAGAAGCUAUUGGGAUUGUUAUUGGGGCUUUUAUGAUACUGACUACUUUCACCUGCAUUAUAAUAAUCUCAAAGAAUAGAGUAGCUCCUGCACGGCCAUUUUCCCGACUUCAGUUACAAUAUGACGAUGACAAUCCUUUAAUUGGAUAGCGCGUAGGGAGCCUCGCCUCACGUGCUAAAUAGUGAUUUCAGGAAGAGAGUUUCAACUUGCACUGGAUGGCAUUCUUUGACGCACUUUAAUGGUAUCUGUAUAAAAUACUGUACAGCCAGAUCUUGCUAACUUGCGUGGGUGUGCUACCUGACUAGCAGUCCUGUAAAAAUAUUUUCAGAACAAAAUGGUGAACAGGUGGCUUUCUGCCAAAAGAGAUGCUCAACAUAGUAAGGAUACUUAGUUUUUCAUUCAAGCCUUUGAACACUUUCAAAUGAAAUUCCAGAGUAUGAACUAGCCAGGGUAGACUAAGUGAAUUUUAACAUUUGCAAAUGAUAUUUGGUUUUUUUUUCCUAUUAAAUUUAAAUUAAUGUUGACUUCAAGUGUUCUUGUACCUGUAUUGGAAAGGAGAUCUUUUUUAUGAGAGUUAGAAGUUAGUCCUAUUUGGACAGUAUGUUCUGAUUUGUUCUUAAAUUUGAGGACAGAGGGUAUAGAGAAGACCAAAUACUUCUGUUUCCACCUGAAACCAGCCAUAUGUCAAGAAACUGGUGAGAAGAAAAAUGGAAGCCAGUGAGGAAAGAACUGAUGUGUGUCACUUCUAUUUUGGGCAAUUAGGUAUGUGGCUCAGCAGUUCUAAAGCUGGGCCGAUGGCUCUGAUGCUGCUGGAGGUGUCCCUGUGGGUGACUUGGUUCCACAGUUCCUGCACUCGGAGAGUUGGGAUGGUCCUUGCUUAUCUCAAGAAUGUCGAUUUGAACUGAGAAUCCUUGGAUUACUCAGCUUAAUGGGCUGUAAGUUUUUUUCAGGUGUAAACUCUGCUGAAAGGUGGUUUUGUAAUAAUGGUGGUUCUACCCUGUGCACCAGCUGAUCAUUAUCUUUUGAAGGCUGUCAUGUGCUAAAAAGCACAACCGAAAGUUUGACAUGAAAUCACCAAGCAAGAAUUCCAAACUCUUAUUUUAAACCCUGGAAACUUAAAGGGAAAAGUUAAUUUAUUUUUGAGAUAGGAUCUGUUAUCUGUAGUGUCUAAGCUGUAUAGAUGUAAGUUCUGGUGAAGACCAGUGCUAAUGGUUCUCUUAAUUGAAACUCUUGAUUCUUUGUUAAUGGUCAAGUCUAGUAACUUGCUAUUAAAAAAAAAAAACUAAUUUGAUUUAGAAAGCCUUAGUGGUACCUUAUCUUUUAGUGAGGAAAGAAUGUGAGGCUAAAUUGUUAAUGAUAACCCAAAAAGAGAACUACCGUUACCAAGUCCUUUUCCUACAAGUUUGAUUGUUUUAAGAACUGAUAAUUUGACGUGAGAGGCUGAGGUACCUGGUACCAUGCAAUGCUGUUUCUUGGUCACAAAUGCAAAUUUAGUGCAGUUGGUAUUAGCCACAGGCUACCUUUUAGUGAUCCAACUGGGAGGAAGUAUGGACUUUAGAGGGAAAGGUUACUUUUAACUGCCUACUGAAAAGAUACAUUUGAGUUUUAAAAAUUAUGUCUGGAAGUCUUACUAAUUUGUAUCUUCCUCUCUGAAGAUUCUGUUGCACCGAUUAAAAACACAAUUCAAAAACUAA